GGGCUCACAGGCGGAAGAAACACCGGAUUUGGUUUCGGAUCGUUUUUUAAGGGUUUAUAAUCCCGAUUUAGUUCUUUUUAAAGACAGAAAAGGAAAGACAAACCAACCCCCCCUCCUCCAUUUUGAAUAAUGUCGACCCCGGCGAGGAGACGGCUUAUGAGAGAUUUUAAAAGACUUCAAGAAGACCCUCCUACUGGUGUGAGCGGAGCGCCGUCAGAGAACAACAUCAUGCUUUGGAACGCUGUUAUUUUUGGGCCUGUGGGAACACCAUUUGAAGAUGGAACGUUUAAGCUUCUGAUAGAGUUUUCAGAGGAGUACCCAAACAAGCCUCCCACAGUUCGGUUUGUGUCCAGAAUGUUUCACCCAAAUGUUUAUGCAGAUGGCAGUAUAUGUUUAGACAUCCUUCAGAAUCGCUGGAGCCCCACAUAUGAUGUCUCGUCCAUACUCACCUCCAUCCAGUCAUUGCUGGACGAGCCAAAUCCCAACAGCCCGGCCAACAGUCAGGCCGCACAGCUCUAUCAGGAAAACAAGAGGGAGUACGAGAAGAGGGUGACGGCCAUCGUGGAGCAGAGCUGGGUGGACGUCUGAGCUCCCCUCUCUCUCUCUCUCUCUCUCGCUCUACUCCUUCCUCUCCAUCACCCUCUCUUCAUCAUCCCAGUACUCCAGUCUCUCAUUUUUACCUCAUCAAGAAAAAAAAAACAGCAACUAUAUCAGAAGAACUCAAGUGCCACCCUGAAAAAAAAAAAAAGAGAACAACCAAACCACAAUGGACGUUAACUUGCUUGCCAAUACAUUUUUUGAGGAAAUCGAGGGAGGGGAAAUCAAUCUUAUAUUUGUGUUUCUUGUCCUUGAUUUUACUUUUUUUUUUAUUGCAUGAUGUGAAAUAAGUUAUUGCUAACAGAAUUUGUAAUAUAUCUUUGUUGUUUGGUUGGAUUGAUGCUGUUAGUGUUUGAGUUUUAAGAUUCUUUUUUCCUUUUGUACAUUUUUCUUCAUUUUCUUUCUUUCUUUUUUUUUUCUUUUCUUUUAUGUCUGCUGGUGUGUACACAACUAGGCUGUUUGGAAAAAGGGCAGGUUGAAGACCAAAUUAACAACCCAGAAAACAUCCUUUUUAUUUUUUUAGUUGAAUGUUCCACACACUAACAUAUACUGCUGAUAUAGAACUAUACCUGAUCUGUUGCAGCAUAUCUGUUAUUUUAAGAGACACUGUAAUUUUAGACUUGCAGAUGUCACAGGCUGAAACACCGCCAAGUCUCCCUUGCACUUAUGAAUCAUGGCAAGCUGGCUCUGAGCUUCUUUUUUUUUUUACUUUAAUCAUUUCUUGCUCCAAGGUAGAAAAUGAUGUUAGAAAGAAGGUAUUACACCAGGAGGGAACAGGAUCAGCUUGGACUGUGAAUCCACAAGUGGGGAGAAGGGUUAUUUGGAAAAAGCUCUGAGAAACCCCCCCCCCGCUGAACUGAGGAAAUACUGUAUUCUUUUCAAUCAUUUAAUUUUCUGUAAUUCAGCUUUUAAAGAAAUCUACAAUCAGCAAGAAGUUGGUUUAAAAAAAAAACAACCUAGAAUUUGAGUAUACUCCUGCAUCAUGUUCUGCUUUAGUAAUAAAUCUGCCUUAUUAUUUAAUUUUACAGAACAUAAUGCUGUUUAUUUUCUGCUCAUUUUCUAUCAUAAACAUUUUAUUACUUG